AUGGAGAGUCAUGGUGGAGAUUACGGUCCGAGUGGAUUUUCAAACUCGCCAAAUAACGUGAAUGCAGUGUUUAAUAAUGAAAAUGUAGGUAGAAGUGAUAUUUCAAACCUAAAUCAUCAACAGAACAAUAUACGUCUUGUUCCUGAAGCUCAAAUGUGGUCGAUACCAGUACCGGAUCAGCUGGUGACAAUAUCUAACAGAGAUAAUCCAAUUGCGUCGAACAAUGCGGCAGGUUCGAAUACUUUAAUGAACGUGGCCUAUCCCAACACUAUGUACCCAUCAAUGGAGCAACAGUCCCAAAUCCAGACACAACAACAACGAGGCGUCAGCACAAUGGUGGAAAGUACUAAUAGUAAUGAUCUAGGUGCUUCUGGCAAAAAUUCAAAAAAACGCGUAUCAAAGGCCUGUGAUCAUUGUCGAAAAAGGAAAAUUAGAUGUGAUGAAGUAGAUCCACAAACAGAUAAGUGCUCAAACUGUGUUAAGUUUCAGUCGGUUUGCACUUUCAAACACCGUGAUGAAAUUCUUCAGAAAAAAAGAAAACUAGAGAUCAAACAGCAUUUAGCAUCGGAGAAGUCACCUCAAUCUCAAAACAAUGUUUCCAGUUACGCAAGUUCUUCUCUUCCAGGCAACAAUGAUAAUGGGAGGUUUGAGUCUUUCAAUAGCGGUGCGUCCCUGGAAAGUAAUAUUAUCAAUAAAAUUUCUGGUGUCCAAAACAACCUUAACCGAAAAAUGAACUCAAAAAUAGAAAAGUUAGACAGGAAAAUGUCUUAUAUCAUCGAUAGCGUGGCUAGAUUUGAGUGGUUGUUGGAUAAGGUGGUCAGGAAGCAAGAGGACAAACAUAAAGAAAAGAGUAGUUUGCCCAAACCAAAAAGAAAGAUCUACUCUACGGCUUUGUUAACCGCCCAGAAACUUUAUUGGUUCAAGCACACUUUAGGAGCAAAAGUUUCCAAUGAAGAAUUUCUUUCCCCAAUUAGUGAAAUAUUAAGCAUAUCUUUGAAAUGGUACGCCACUCAGAUGAAAAAAUUCAUGGAUUUAUCAUCUCCAGCUUUCUUCUCAAGUGAAAUAAUAUUAUACUCAUUACCUCCGAAACAACAAGCGAAGAGGCUUCUGGAAAAUUUUCACGCAACUUUAUUGUCUUCUGUAACUGGUAUAAUAUCCUUAAAGGAAUGCUUAGAUUUAGCGGAGAAAUACUAUAGCGAAAGUGCCGAAAGACUCACAUAUCCUGAACACUUAUUGUUAAAUGUAUGUCUGUGUUCUGGGGCAUCAGCAACUCAAUCGAUUACACGAGGUGAUUCGAAAUAUCUACGAAAAGACAGAUACGACCCAACCUCUCGGGAGUUAAAAAUGAUCGAGAAUGUUGCUUUGUUAAAUGCAAUGUAUUAUUAUCACAAGUUGUCUACAAUAUGUUCAGGUACAAGAACACUACAAGCUUUACUACUACUGAAUAGGUAUUUUCAGGUCACUUACGACACCGAGCUGGCAAAUUGUAUUUUGGGAACUGCUAUUAGAUUGGCGGUUGACAUGGAGUUAAAUAGGAAGUCCUCUUACAAGUCCUUAGACUUUGAAGAAGCCAUAAGGAGAAGGAGUAUGUGGUGGCAUUGCUUUUGCACAGAUAAACUGUAUUCAUUAAUGCUAUCCAGACCCCCCAUCGUAGGAGAACAAGAUAUGGAUAUGCUUACAGAUCAGAAUUAUUAUGAGGUGAUAAAAUAUGACAUUUUACCCGAUCUUAUUGAUAAGAAGGAAGACCUUAGUAAAAUCACUGAUGUUAACUCUGCAUUGAAUGUAGUUGCGAAUUUUUGCCAGCAUAUAUCCCUUUUCAUAUCCUAUUAUGUUUCAAAGUUAGUCAACAUCGAGAGUAAAAUAUAUUCUACUUGUUUCGCUGUUAGAAGUACUUUAGAUCUCUCAUUCGAUGCAAUGCUCGAUAAAAUUGUUGAUCUCAACGAUUCUUUGAACAGUUGGAGAGACAAUUUACACGUCAGUAUGAAACUCAAAAGCUAUAAACAGUACUUCUCAGUGCUAUACGCUCAAAAAUCUCAGGAAAAUCCCGCUUUAAGUUUUGAAAUUGCCUGCUGUCGUGUUCUGCAUUGCCAUUUUAGGGCACUCUAUUCCAUAGUGAUUUUAAGUAUGCUGACAACAUCCCUGAUCAUUGAUAACAAACGAUUAUAUAAAGGCUCCCGCCAUGAUAUCCCACAGAUAUUCAAGCUGUUUUCGAGUCAAUACUUGAAAGCUACUAAAGAGAUGUUACAACUUUUCCAAGGCAUUGAUUACCAAGCACAUAUGUAUAACGAGAUUAUGUAUCAAUUCUCUACCGCUGUGUUUGUCCUCUUUUUUUUCGUUGUGGAUAAUAUUAACAAUCCAAAAAAAAGAUGUGAAGUGAAAGAAAUUAUCGUACUGCUAGAAAAAUCAUAUGAUCAUCUAUUGGGUGAAAAUGAGGAGCAGUUGAUGUUUGAUAAUGUUAAAUGGAAUACUUUAAUAGUGUUUUACAGCCAUUUUUUGAAAUAUGUUUUGCAACGUUAUCAUGAGGUCAACGAUUCCAUGUCCGAAUUUAAUCCUAAACCUUACGAAGAAAUAAUUGCGAAAAUUAUUACGCAUUCGAGGAAAAUUAAGGAUGAGACCGUUGAUCAAUUAAUUAUGAGUUUGAAAUCAUACGGCUCUUUCCAUACUUUACAGAAAGACAACGAAGCUGGACUUGCUGAUGAUGAACUCAAUACGAACGAUAUUAGUGCAGAAGAUUUUGUAGAAGAGGCCCCAAUAAAUUUAUUUGGUGAAUUGUCUGUUGACAUUUUGAAAAUGUUAAAAUCUCACUCUCCAAUCUCUAAUAUUGGAGAUCUAUCUCCCCUUUCAAGAAAGAAAGGAAUAGCAGAUGACUCAUCCCUGUAUCCAAUUCGAUCCGACUCAACUAGUCUAGUUUACCCCAUCCAUAGUUCUGAUACCGCAGAUGCUCUUUCUGCUGAUCUAGACACUGCGGAGAAAACUGAUUCGAAUGAGAAUAUUGAAAUAAGGAAGGAUUUCGAAGCCUUUAGCACGCUGUUGCCGUUAGGAAAAUUGAUCUACGACAGAGAUUAUUCCUUCGUAAACACCUUCAGGGAUUAUGAAUAG